AUGGAAAAGGUAUCUACGUCUAACAAUGCAGGUCCUCCUAUGACCAACUUGGGCUCCACUCCAGCGCCUGUUCAGGACUCUAAAGCUAAGGCUGCUGCUCCCACUUCUACUCAGAAUAGCUUGAUAAUUUCAAGUUCGUCACCAGCGCCGGUAUCUCAAGUCAACCCCAACCCUUGUCGUGAUCCUCUUCAGGGUGAAGUCCCAUUCACAACGAUCAAAGCAAAAGCAGCUACUAAAGGAAGAGCCUCUGUGAGAAAUGACCCAGUCCUUACUACAAAUUCUUUUCGGGUCCUUCAGAUCGAGGGUCCACCUUUGGAGGAUAGAGAUAAGAUGAUAAUCGAUGUCAAUCAAGAAGUUUCUCCUUCCUCCUCAGCUUUGCUAAAUCAAACUCACGUUAAGGUAGCAAGCAAGCAACAUAUUUUGUCAGCUAUUGGAGGGGGUUGGUCUGCAGAGACUAACUAUGAGUUCUCGGAUCUUGGGAAGAUUUGGGAUACCUAUGCCUCCUUUGGUCUCCAGAGAAAACCUUGGUUGGUUGUAGGAGACUUCAAUGAAAUAUUGCAUCCAAAUGAGACUUCCAAUAUCAGCAUCACGUCAACAACACGAGGUAUGAGAUCCUUUGGUGAUUGCUUAUCAGAUGUUGGGUUGUUCGAUCUGCAUUGGUCUGGUCCUAAGUUUACAUGGCUUAACAACAGACCUUCUGAUCCUAUUGGCAAGAAGCUUGAUAGAUGCUUGGUUAAUGGCUGUUGGCUUCUGAAAUUCCCAUCUAGCCAUUGCUUGUUUGAAGCCCCUGAAUUUUCAGAUCAUUCGUCGGGUUUCAUUAAGUUCUCUUCUGACCCUCCAACCUUCGGUACUCCGCCUUUCAAAUUUUAUAACCUACUUCUAAAGAAACCCCAGUUCCUGGAAAAGGACAACUAUAGUGACAUCGAAAAGAGAGUUGCAGCGGCUCUAGAGGACCUAUCAUCAAAACAGAUUUUGGCCCUAAAUGAUCCUUCUUCCCUUAAUGUUCAGAAUGAGGUUGAUGCUCGUAGACUGUGGUCGGAGUUAAGGGUUGCCGAAGACAGCUUCUUCUAUCAAAGAUCUCGUAUCAGAUGGAUGGGUGGUGGCGAUAUGAAUACUCCUUUCCACCAUAGUAUUACCACUGUUCGGAAUGCGGGAAAUGUCAUUAAAUUCCUAACUAAGCCAGAUGGUUCGAUGACCUCUUCCCUCGAGGAAGUUCAUCAGGUGGCAAUUGAUCAUUUUCAGUCUGCUCUUACCACAUUAAGGGGUGCUUUUUGUCCUGAGCUUCCAAAAUUCCUUGAUCGCCUAAUUGUGGAUAAAUGUACCCCCGUUCAGCAGUCUCUAUUCAUUGAGGAUUUUUCAAAUGAGCAGAUUCAGAGCUGUCUUCUAAAGAUGCCAAGAAACAAAACUUCGGGGCCAGAUGGAUUUCCUGUUGAAUUUUUCAAAUGCGCCUGGGCUAUAAUUGGACAUGAAUUUCUAGCUUCGGUCAGGGAUUUCUUUGUCCAAUGUUUCAUGCCUACCUCUCAAAACGCUACUUCGCUGAUCCUCUUAGCUAAGCGGCCAAGAGCAGAUACAAUCAAGGAAUUUCUCCCUAUUGCAUGUCUGAACACUCAAUAUAAGCUCAUCACUAGGCUGCUGUCAAACAGACUGAAAGUCACUUUAUCGGGUCUGAUCUUACCUAAUCAAACUGCCUUUGUGGCUGACCGCAUGCAUAACAGAUUCUGGAUGACAGUGUUUCUGCUGCCAAAAUGUGUUAUGAAGAAGAUCAACAAUCUCUGCAGUUCCUUCCUCUGGCACGGCACAAUAGACAUUUCCACGGGUGCAAAAGUUUCGUGGGAAGAGCUUUCAAUUCCAAAGGCUGAAGGGGGUUUGGGUCUGCGUAAUAUCAUUCACUGGAACAAGACUUGUAUUCUGAAGCUUUUAUGGUUGAUCUUCUUUAGGUCGAGCUCUCUUUGGGUAGCGUGGAUCAGAAAUAAAUACAUCUCUUCCAAUUCCUUUUGGGCGUUGAAUGAGAACAACUAUAGCUACUCUUGGAUGUUCAGAAAAAUCCUUGGCCUGAGACCAAAAGCUCUGCCUUUUUUCAAAGUCUCUGUGAGGAAUGGUGAUUCCACAUUCUUCUGGUGGGAUCCGUGGACGCCGUUUGGGCCUCUAAUCAAAUUUUUGGCUUCGGAUGGUCCUUUAUUAUUGGGAAUUUCUAUUGAUUCCACUGUUGCAGAUCUUCGAAAAGACUCGGUUUGGAACCUACCAAACGCGAGAUCAGAGAAACAACUGCUCCUAUUCUCGUACAUCUCUUCCCUUCCGCUUCGCCCAGGGUCGGAUGUUGCUACCUGGUCUGUUGAGGACAGGUCUACUAAGUCAUUCUCUUCAAAGAAUAUCUUCAACGCGAUUAGAACUCAACAGCAAAGGAAGGUUUGGGCUCCAUUGAUUUGGCAUAAGGAUGUGAUCCCUAGACAUGCUACAACGGCUUGGUUAUUCACUCUUAACUGA